AUGAGUGAAAUGCAAGAGCCGAUGAUGGAAUCUGAAAUGACCCUCCAGGAGGCACUCUCCAAGGUAUGCAAGGUGUCCAGGACGUACUGUAAACUAAGCAGAGGGGCAAGGGAGACAACAAAGAAAAUACUUGCCGGAAACAUGAGGUUUGUUAUGCUCGCAAAGGAUGCUGAGCCGAAGAUUGCAAAACUUGUUACACUUUUAGCGAAGAAGAAGGACAUUCCGAUUAUUUCAGUUGAAAGUCGGCUGGAGCUGGGAAAGAUUGUUGGUGUGGAGAAUGCCAGCUCAAGUGGGAAGGUAAGAAGCAAAGGAUGCUGUGUUGCAGGGAUUCAAGACUAUUGCGAACAAACAACCGAAGCUGGGUUUGUUCAGGCAGCUUUGUUAAAGGGGGUUUCUUCCUAA